AAAAUAGCAGAGUGAGUGCAGUCAAUGGUGGGCCAAUGUAGGUUGGGUUAGCCCAAUUGGGGAGAACUCGUCCCCUAAUCAUUUCCCAAGUCCUUCACCAAUUCUCUCACUCGAGUCACACACAAAUCGAUCACUAUCAACGACUGCACCAUAACAUAAACCCUUCAAAUCAAACAAAGCAAUCGUAGAUUGAAAAUAAACAAUGGGUUCGGGGAACGAAGAAGCCCCAGAUUCAGGACUUAACAAUUCGCCCCCUUCACCUUCUUCCUCUCACGGUCGAAUCGUUAUUCCAACCCUCCUUGCAGGGGUUGCUGGUGCUGGAGCUGGCUUAAUUUCAAAGCAUCGAAAAACUCUUGGUCUUGCUUAUGUGUGUUCUAGCUAUGCUGCCAAUUUCGCCAUCGUCACGGGUUGCUAUUGCGGGGCACGUGAACUUGUGACUGCAACUAGAAAAACAGGGCCUGAUGAUUUAUGGAACUCUGCAGCAGCCGGAUUUGGAACUGGUGCUCUUCUUGGGCGCCUGCAAGGAGGCCAACUUGGUGCAAUCCGGUACUCUGUCAUCUUUGCUGUUGCGGGGACAACAGCAGAUUUUGCUAUUCUGAAAUUGAAAGAUGCUUUGAAAGAUCACACUAAAACAAUAUACCAAGACAUUGAGAAUUCAAAGAAAAGUGGAACUUGGUUAAAAUUGCCGGAAUGGUUCCCAAUUCGAGUACUUGACGAGGAAGCCCUUGCUGCAAAACGUGCUCAGGAAGAGCAGUUCCGUGAGCAGAGAGCAAGGAUUCGCAACCUAAGGGAAGAAGAAUCUUGAGAACUUCAAAUUUUUGUGGAUGUUUGCCCUGAUCUUGGAGUGAGGCAAACUCCCACCCUCUGAAGCUUUUUGUAUACCCAAUUUUAUUAUAUUAAAUUUUGUAAUAAUGUACUUCUCAAGCUGGAUGAGCAAUGGCUUCAGCAGAGAUUUUGAAAAUGUUGAGAUUAAGAUACCAGUCUUCAUUUGGAUUCUCUAAUGAUUUUGCCCUUCGCAGGGUUGACAAUGUCCAGUAACUACAUGAGAAAAACCUAUAAAUAGUAGAAAUGAUUGUUUUGUUGUAUUAUGACUUUUAAAUUCUUGAUAAAAUUGCUUCAUAUGACUCUAAA